CAAAAUAAAUAAACUCUAGAGCGGAUCGCUUGGCUGCGGUCGAACAACUAGUUUCCAGUUCCCAAGGCAUUAGACCUGAAUGUUCAUCUGACUGCUUAAUUUGCUGCGGACAUAACCUUUGGAGUAGAGUCAGUUAGGGAGGACUCGGGUUUACAGUACAGGACUGACAAAUGCGAGCAGCCGACAAAAAUGAUUGGAAAAUGUCGAAGGAGUUGUGAUAUCGUUGCACAAUCAUGAGCGAAGACGGCCGAACGAACCGAGGGAGACAGAGGCUGAAUGGGGCUCCAAGCUCCUUGGGACAUCGCCUUAAUUUGGACAAGACGACAAGCGCCGGGGAGCGUUCAUGCUCCAGUCCCAGCACCGGGAGAAUCUUGGGUGGGGGAAAUUAAACUGCUGCAUGGCCGGGAAGAGUGUUGACUCACAGGAGCGAUGGCGCAACGUUCCUCGUCUGGCCAUGCUCGCUCGCUCGCGACCUCGUUCGAAGAUCCCGAUCGUGCACAAGCUCCGCGGCAGCAGCCGCUCGAUCCGGUCCGCGAGUCCUCUGUGAGGAAUUCCGUGCUUCUAGAUUCGCAGGGUCGCUCGUAGGCCGACUCCGAGAACGAGCCGAAGGUCGACGACGACUUGCGAGAGCGAGCGAGAGAGCGACUCUCGAGUGAGGGAGGACCGACGACGCACGAGCUCCUCGAGGCAAGAGACGAUGGCGCGCGGCUUGACGUCCGAUGCUCCUGACGUUGAAGCCUGAGGGAGCGACGAAGAACAAGGAGGAUGAAGAAGGAAGAAUCGGAACGCGAACAGGUUCGCUGAUCCGAGGGAAUGUCCGCCGCCAUGUCAGGAGGACUCGGUAGGGCAGCGCUGCCGAAAGUUGCGAAACUCUUUCUGCGCCGAAAGACCUGGACACCCGAAUUCCUCGCCAUCAAAUUUAGCCCAUUGCGGUCCAAACGCGACGCGUUUUCUCGUGCAGUAAGUAAUGCAGCGCGACGACCUGCCGCCACGGACUACGUCAUGCCGGCCGUUCUACGAUAUCGAACCUCGUCUCGUUGUCUAUCCAACGGGACUUGCUUCCGUACGUUCGGAUAGUGUGAUGUGCGAAUCGCAGAUUUUCUGAACUUUAAGUUCCUGUUGGCGUUCUUGUCCGGAGCAUGCUGCAGGCCACUAGUGAGCGCCUUCUUGAGUGCAGCGAACAUAACUUCAAGGCCUCGACAUAUCGAUCCUAACAAAAGCGCGUUCAUGUCUUCCGCUCGAAUCUUUUAACGUAAACAAAUCGACCAACGAGAUUUAUUUUUUAUUGUAAAGUAUGAGUGUCUGUUGCCCUGCUAUAAACGUCUUCACAUUCAACUCCGGAGAUUCGGAUGCUCGACACUUCUUUAUUAAAAGAAGUCAACAACGAACAAAGUGAGUGAACUGCGACUACUACAGUAAGUUGAACUUGAAUAAAUC